UGUGCGUGAUUAACGCCAGUCAAGGCAAACUCUCGCCUAUAUAUAUGCACACGUACGAACACACGUAUACCUCAGAAUCUCCAUCUCCACCACUGAAACGGCAAUGGCCACAUCCUCCGGUAUGAGCAGCGUUAGCAUCCUCUUCUUCUUCCUCUCCGCCGUCCUCUUUUCAGGCCCUCACACUCAGGUCACCGCUGGUGUUGACUUCGUGCUCCCUGUAUGCAAGUCCGCCUGCGGCGGUGACCAGUACGUCGGCAUCCAGUUCUGCGUGGACACCCUCCGCUCCGACGGCCGCAGCAGAAAUACCUCAGACACGAAGGAGUUCGUCGUGGUCGCGGUCGACCACCUCACGGCCAGCGCCACUAGCACGAAGGCCAAGAUCGACGGCCUGCUCCGCGGCAAGGCAGAUGGUCGCAGCGCCACCACGCCGUGCCUCCAGUCGUGCCAGGCGCUGUACCAGGGCAUCCUGGGGUUGCAGCCCGCCUGCGCCGCCGCUGUUAAGGACGGGAAGUUCGCCGAGGCGACCAUUUCUCUCGAGAAGUCGGCAGCCGCGGCCAAGGAGUGCGAAAGCUUGUUCGGCCAAAGCCACGUGACAUCGCCGCUCACAGCGGAGGACGACAACGCGUUCCAGCUAGCAAAGCUCGGCGUCGCCUUGAUCAGACAAUUGAUCUGAGUGCAACGUUUAUAUUUCUUCGUAUCUGUUUUUUUCUUCCCGUCAGAUAACUUGUUUAUGUUCUGAAUAAAAUUCCUUUUUGAGGAUGUUUACACCUCCAUUAUCUGAAAA